ACUAAAAACCAAAAACAAACAAACAUUAUCUGUCAAAAAUCUUACUGGACUGAAAUCUAAAAGAAUGUUUUAACAAAUCAACAAAUAAUAUUGUGAUUAAUAUCAUUACUUUGCUGCUCUGGUAAAACACAUACACCCGGACAUCUAAUUGAAAGUAUAAUAACUUGCUGAAAUUAACAUAAAUUAAAAUAUAAAUCAUGACGCUUUACAUUGAUACAAAAUUGAAUUUCACCGAUGUGAAUAUGGUUUCCACUGUUGGAUCCUGGCAUCCAUCAUUACCAUUGUUAGCUGUUGGAUCCUACAACCAAGAAAAGGGUGGUUUUGUUACAAUCUUCCAAGAAAAUGGAUUAGCAUUAGAAGGCUGCGAAUGGCCGAUACUCUUGUCUAAUCAAGUGACAGCACUGGCGUGGCAUCCUACGAGACGCUUGUUAGUAGUCGGUUGGGACGGUGGAGAGCUCUAUAUUUGGUUGGAGUACUCAUGGGCUCGUCUUGAAGCACCCCACAAUGCUGCACUGACUACCAUCGCCUUCAGCCAUGGCGGCGGAAGGCUCCUGGCGUCGGAUGCUGCUGGAUCCUUAUCUGGAUGGCAAUCAGGUUCUGGUGCACCACUUACCUCCUUUCAUCACCAACUUGGAGAUGUUAUAACUCAUGUAACAUACUGUUCUCCUCGUCCCUCAUGUGAAUCUUCAAUAAGAGGUUUAGCUAGAGCAGCUGUUGCUGGAGAUGAAAAUGCUUUAGAUGCAUUAGCUGCAUGGCGUCCAAGAACUACGGCCCGAAUGAGAGAAGGCACCCAGCCUGAUAACCAUGCGUGCUAUGCUGCUCAAGACAAUGGGGUAAUUUUAUACAUUGAUCAUACUGGAGCAUGCUCUGAAGUUCUGAAUGCCCCAGGCAACAUAAUAUUCAUGGGUAUAAUAAGUAAUAUUUACCUACUCAUUGCAUGGGAGUCUGGAGGUGCUCUUAGUUUGACAAGGUUCAUAACAGCUGAUGAUGGAUCACUGACAACCGAUACACAUGUAAGAUUGGCAGCCAGGAAUGGUCAAAGUAUAGUACUUGCUGGGAACUUUUAUGUAGCUGUCAUAACUGGAGACAACUUAAUCAGAAUUUGGGAUAGUGAAACUGGGGACAAUGAUGUCUUGCCCAAUGAAAAAGAAGAAAUUGCUGCAGGUGACAUUUUCACCAGUAUUAGCUAUUGCAACUUGAGUGACACUCUGUGCUGUGGAACAUCCCAGGGUAAUUUAUAUCUGUGGCGCAGGGACCAUAGAAAUCAGUGGAAACUUAUUAGUAGUACAGCUGUUAAGGGUACAGUGAAAGAAGUCAGCUGGGGCUCUGAAGGCCUAAUGAACCCCCUUUUACAUGUUAACUGUAUCACAAGUGCAUUUAUUCUUAGAGAGCAACCAGUAUGUUGGGGUUAUUCUCCCAAUGUUUGGAUGGUUCAGAGAUCUGCUGUUGAAAUAGCAGUUACAAAUAAAAAUAACUUGAUGUCAACUAUUGAUACUACAAUCACCAUUAAAGCAUUUGCUUUUAAGGAUCAAUAUGUAGCAUUAGGAGAUGGAAAAGAUGUACAGAUUUGGAUGUGCAGCAAAGAGAGUGAUGUGAAAUUUUCCCUGAUUCGAACUUUCCCAUGGAAAACAGAUGUCCUCAUCAUUCAUAAUGAUGUAUUGGUUGGCUUGGUAAAUCCACACAUUGAAUGUUAUACAAUAACUGGUAACAGUUUAGGUAUUCUGCCAAGUACAGAAGGUGAAGGUGAACCUAUUGGCAUCACAAAUACAAACAAAUUCAUAACAGUUGCAACAAUGGAUGGAACACUUAAAUUAGUUGAAAUAACUAAAAAGGGUCUCAGAAUGCCCUUUCCCCCUAAAAACUGUUACCAAAUGAUUGAAGAUUUUGGGGAAGUUAUGAGAGCAUCAGUAAAUUCUGUUGGCAGAUAUAUUUGUUUGAGCAUUGCCAAUGCAGGUCUAGCACCCGACCCUAGGUUAUACCUUUGGGAUGUCGCCAAUGAUAGUGUCACAAGUAUGCAUCUUGAUGAAACUGCAACUCCACCAUACCAGAGUGUUCCAAUAGCAAUCAUUUGGGAUCAUAAUGAUCCUAGAAUAUUAGCUGUUCAUAUGAGAUCAGCAGAUGUAGACAGCAUCCACUUGUUUUUUUGUCAUGAAGGAAAACUUUAUGAAUACAAAAACUGGUGUUCCUCAUCUGAAGAUUACUUUCUUACUGAUUUUAUGCUGUGUUCUCUGUACACGCCUCAUGUUGUUAUUUUAGCGCAACAGAGCUUGAAGAAGAUAAUAAUGAAUGAAUUUUCUGAUUUUAGUGAUCCUGACCCAAGUAUUUUGCGUCAGAUAUUAGAUUUCUUGUACUACAUGACUACAGAGCAUUUAGAAAAAGCAGUUGUUGUUGGGACAAGUAUAUCUGGUGGCAAAAGUUCUAUUAUUUGGGACAGCUUGGCUAAAGUGUGUGUCUAUUGUAAACGACCUGAAGUAGGCGCAGUAUGCCUGGGAAAAAUGGGGAACAUAAAAGGUGCGCUCAUGAUGCGCAAAGUUAUGAAUGAUAAUAGCAUAGAUGAUGUAUGUAAAGUCGGAGUUCUUGCGGUAAACCUUGGUAUGACAGAAGAAGCUGAGAAGCUCUUUCGUGCAGCUCAGAGACCUGAUUUGGUCACUCGGCUUAUAUCAGCUAAGGAGGGUGGUCUCAAUGAAAUAAGUAAUGGCGAUAAUGAAGGAGAAAAUGUAUUGCUUGUAAAGAGUGCUCAGCAUAAGCUUGCUAAAGUGUUAUGGGCCAAUGGGGAAACAAGUGCUGCAUUAAAAUUAUUUGAAAGUGCUGGCACUCUGGUACCUCAUGUGCCCAGGAUGCUGAUUGCCCAGGGUCAAGCACAGUUACUUGCACAGUAUGUUGUCAAUUCUAAUGAUGUGAGCCUUAUAACUUGGUGGGGGCAUUACCUUGAAAGCAUCGGUGAUUUAGAAGGCGCACUCGAGGCUUAUGCUCGCGCUAACGAUCAUGGGGAACAGACUAGGUUGCUGUGUCACAUGGAGCGAAUUGACGAAGCCGAGAAGUUGUGCCAUAAGGACCCGGCUUCUACGUACCAGAUGGCGCGGUAUUUAGAAAUGCAGGCUGACAAAACGGAGAGUGCGGUGAAGAUGUAUAUUAAAUGUGGUGCUGUCUCAUCGGCGAUUCGCGUCGCUGCCGAGGCUAGUGCGUGGAACCUCGUGUGGCGCGCUGGCUCGGCGUCGCAAGCGCACGCUCUGCACGCAGCGUCGAUCCUUGAAAACGCUGGACAAAAUGAGCAGGCAAUAGCUUUGUAUCAAAAAGCAGAAAAGCCGCACUUAGCAUUGAAGUUAGCACUGCAAUGUGGAGAUACAAACGCUAUGAUCGCUGCAGUUGAAUCGCUCGGAAAUCGUGUCGACCCAGAACUCGCUCACACGUUGGCUGCUCACCUGAGAAAAGCAGACCACCAUUCGCAUGCGGCCGCGUUACUGGCAACAGCUGGCAAGUAUGAAGAAGCCCUAGACAUAGUGGAGCAGUCAUCAGCUCCCCUGUCAGAAGAGCUGAGCGAGCGACUGGCCGCGCCCGCCGGCACGAGCGGCCGCGACGCGCUGCUCCGGCGCCUGGCAGACGUGCUGGGCGGGCGGGGGCUCUACCACCAGGCGGCCAAGCGCCUCGCGCACGCCGGGGACAAGGUACUCCUUGCAGGUGCCUGAGCCGUGAGCUAACUAGAGCUGAGCGAGCGACUGGCCGCGCCUGCCGGCACGAGCGGCCGCGACGCGCUGCUCCGGCGCCUGGCAGACGUGCUGGGCGGGCGGGGGCUCUACCACCAGGCGGCCAAGCGCCUCGCGCACGUCGGGGACAAGGUACUCCUUGCAGGUGCCUGAGCUGUGAGCUAACUAGAGCUGAGCGAGCGACUGGCCGCGCCCGCCGGCACGAAGCUGAGCGAGCGACUGGCCGCGCCUGCCGGCACGAGCGGCCGCGACGCGCUGCUCCGGCGCCUGGCAGACGUGCUGGGCGGGCGGGGGCUCUACCACCAGGCGGCCAAGCGCCUCGCGCACGCCGGGGACAAGGCAGGCGCCAUGCGAUGGCUGAUGCGUUCAGGAGACGCAGACCGCAUCGCGACAUUUGCAGCGGCGACUCGCGACCGCGCUGCACAACUAAUGGCGGCUGACUACUUGCGCAGAAGAGCCGACUGGCGUUCGAGACCUGAUCUGACCAGGCACAUCCUGCAUUUCUACACCAGAGCCAAGGCGUACGGAAAACUUGCCGCGUUCUACGCAGAAUGCGCUAAAGUCGAAGUUGAUGAAUAUGACAACUAUGAAAAGGCGUUAGAAGCAUUAAAAGAAGCAACAAGAUGUCUUGCGAAGUCUUCUGAUCCGGAAUCAGGAGCUCAAACAAUGGCCUUACAGGAGCAGAGCACUAUAGUAAAACGUUUCAUAGACGUCAAGAAAACUUUAGAAUCCGGUGAAGAGAAUGCAGGUGUAACAAGUGGUCAACAAUUGCUGCGAACUGUGAGUGGUCGUCCCGGACUUAUAACCGAAGAUAAAGUCAUCAAAUUGCUUCUCCAGUAUGCUCCAAACCAUCCUGAUGCAGCACAACUGGAUCAACAGUUACGGGGAAUGCAGAAAUCGUCUGAGGAUGACAACCAAUCAACAGAGUCACCUGAUCAAAGUAUCGAAGAAGUUAUUUAAAUUCUCAAGUGCUUGUAGAAUGUUACAAGAACAACUACGAGUAGCUACUUAUGUCCGUCGAAAACUAUGGAGUGAAUUUCCGUGAAGACAGAAUAAUAUAAGUACAGUCAGCGUCAAAUAGUUCGUGACACUCAAAGUAGCCAAAAAGAUCGCACGUCUGUUACAAUGCGCGAUUGAAAAAUCCUCCAGAUGGCAAUACGUAGACGCGAGGUCCAAAUGCUGCAUGAUUGGUUAUUUUUGACAUGACAUUGACAGAUAUGUCAAAAUCCACCAAUCGUGCAGCAUUUGGACCUCGCGUCUACGUAUUGCCAUCUGGCGGAUUUUUCAAUCGCGAAAACCCUCAAUGGAAUAAGGUAGUGUUAUCAACUUUGUGCCCACUUUGGGUGUCACUAUUUGACACUGACUGUACUAGUACUUCAGUUGUAGUGAGUAGUUUGUUGGAGGAUAUUUAAUUUUAAAUCCGUCCUAUAUUGUAACACGCACAAUUCCGUCCUUUUGUCCGUCCAGUACUAUUGUUACAUUUGUGUAAAUAUUUUAGUUGCAUUUUAUUUGUUAUUAUUAAUUAUGUUUAUUAAGCAUAGAAUUAAAACUGAAUAUUUAUAAAUAAUAUUUUUUAUUGUAAA